AUGGACUGUGCUGAUGAAAUAACUAAUGCAUGGAAUAUCGAUGUUAAGCCUGAAACCAUCUCUAAUUGUUUUAGAAAAGCCGGCUUCGGUCAAUAUUCUGAAUGGGAGGAAGAAGAUGACAUUCCUUUGAAUGAAUAUGAAGCUUGGCAAAAUAUCAAAGAGUUUCCCACAGAUGAAGAUAUUGUGGAGCUAUUGGGAUCUAAAUCCGAAUUUGAGCAUGAUAGCGAAAGUGAUAUAGAAGAUGAUUUGCAAGAUGAUAUGCUGCAACCAGUUUCAAACGAGCUAGUUGCAAAUUCGUUCAAGAUUUUGCGGUCAUAUUUAAAACACAAUGAACAUGCAACCGAAUUUCUGUAUAAUGGUUUAAAUAAUGUUGAAGCUUUUUUUGAAGAUCAUAAUAAAAAAUCCUCUCGUCAAUCCCAAAUAACUGACUUUUUUACUUUAAACGAAUGA